AUGGGCCGGUUGCAGUGAUCCGCAUAUAGAGGCCCAAUAUGCAACCAAGUCAGAGAUCGUCAGCUGCUAGCCUGCUACAAACAAAGCGAUAGCUUUGCAAGCCUCCGGGAGUCCUUGUAUAUUUACCCUCAUCAAAGAAAAUAAAAAAAAGGGUGAAUCAUCUUUAGGAGAAGAUGAUGAAUACUCUUGUUCUUUCAAGGCCUGUUCUUUCCCCACCUUUCCUACCCAAUAAACUAUGUAUUUCAAGUGGGAGAUUAGCUCCUAAUAAUGUUUCGUUUCUAUCUCGAAAGUCUUUUAGGGCUAAAUGUGCAACCACUACAUCUUAUGAAGGAGGAGGUAAUGUAUCGAAGUUUCCUAGAUCUAAUGUCUGGGAUCCGUAUAAGCGUCUUGGAAUAAGUACUGAUGCUUCUGAGGAGGAAGUGUGGAGCUCUCGAAAUUUUUUGUUGGAUCAAUAUGCUGGUCAUGAGAGAAGUGUUGAAUCGAUAGAAGCUGCUUUUGAGAAAAUAUUGAUGACCAGUUUCUUGAAGAGAAAAAAAACAAAAAUCAACUUGAAAAGCAGGCUAAAACAGCAAGUAGAAGAGUCUCCACCUUGGGUUAAAAACUUGAUCAGUUUUAUAGAACUUCCUCCUAAUGUCAUAAUUCUAAGAAGGUUGUUCCUAUUUGCAUUUAUGGCAUGCUGGAGUGUGAACAGCUCUGCCGAGGGUGGACCAGCUUUCCAGGUAGCACUCUCGUUGAUGGCUUGCAUGUACUUCCUCUAUGACAAGACAAAGAGCUUGGCUAGGGCUUCCGUUAUCGGCCUCGGGUCACUUGUGGUUGGCUGGAUUUGUGGCUCUUGUUUAGUUCCUAUGAUCCCUUCAGUAUUAUUACAGCCAACAUGGACACUUGAACUGCUGACAUCACUAGUCGCAUAUGUAUUCUUGUUCGCUGGUUGUACUUUUCUGAAAUAGAAGUCCUUUUUUACCAACUGUUGACCACUAUUAUUUCAUUUCCAGGAAAAAAAUUGUUCUGGGGUUAAAAUUUUGUGAUUAGAUGAUUGUUUGACGUUUUGAAAACAUUGGACAUGUCAUCUAUUUAAGAGGAUAUAGUGCA